AUGACGACCGCCGUGGCAUCACCCCCAAACUUUCAGAAUAUCUCUAGACUUAAUUGGAAUGGUAUAGGUGCUAGUGGUGGCGGUGGAGGGUUUUCGGCCAUGAGCUCUGACGAAGUCUCUCGAAUGUUUAUGCCACGCAAAACAGUUGCCCGGAGCAAUUCGUCUUCCUCGCUUUCGUCUAAUAGUUCAACCUCGUCAACCUCGACCGUUUCCCCUCUUACUCAAGCCGACUCACCCGCCGAAAGCGCACAGAGUAACAAGAAGAAGUCAAGAGGAGGUUUCUGGCCGGUUUCCAAAUCGGAAUCCACCUCGAGUCUUUCCAAUGCACGCGCAAAUGGCUCUUUACAAACCGCGAUCGGCAAUUCAAUGAUAGGAAAGAAUCCAGUUCAACCUGCUCUACCCAGCCAGAACCCAAUUGGUCAAGCGAAUGGCGCAAGAAUCGUUAAUGGACAGCCCUCGACCGAACCCCCGGCCAUAUUGGCUUUACUACCGAUGAACGGCACCUUUGAAAGGAAACAGAUCAGUCUACCCUUCUACCCUGAUGUUCUUCGAGUUGGUCGGCAAACCAACGCAAAGACCGUGCCUACACCGGUGAACGGCUACUUUGACUCCAAAGUGCUGUCGCGUCAACACGCCGAAGUCUGGGCAGAACGAAACGGAAAGGUCUGGAUUAGAGACGUCAAGUCUUCCAACGGCACUUUUGUGAACGGACAAAGGUUGUCACCAGAAAAUCGCGAGUCAGAACCGCAUGAGCUUCGUCAGCAUGAUACACUUGAGCUCGGAAUCGAUAUUGUCAGUGAAGAUCAAAAGACCAUCGUACACCAUAAAGUGUCAGCCAAAGUGGAAUAUGUCGGUUUACCGACCUCCUCCAACAAUGUUCUCGAUCUCAGCUUUGGAGAUCUAGACCCUUCGCAUGGCGGCUCAUUACUCCCCUCUCCAGUGAGCACACCGAUGAUGCAUUCACGCAGUCGCUCAGGUGGGCCCAUCACAAACGGUCGUGCCUCCGUAACCUCUAGUGCUGCCGGUGGGCAGAUGAGUUCAGCAGCCCAGCAAAGACAAAUGAGUUAUUACGGAUCGCCCAUGAACAUCGAACACCUUGUUAAAACAUUAGCGAUUGAGAUGCGUACGGCCAAGCAGCAGGCCGAAGAAUUAGAUCAAGCAGGAGCAUUUCUCAACGCAGUGAUCAACUCUGACGGCGAGCCAUCUAAGGUUCAACUCCCAACAAAAGAACCGGCACACCAUCCACCAAAACAGUCCAACGGGCGGUCAAAGAGUAUGAAAGUCGAUCAUGUCAAUCGAUUUGCCGACCCACCCGCACCUCCCCCCCAACAACCUCUUCCUGAGAAGCCCGACGUCUCAAAAUCGAGUCCGGCUAGUAGUAGUUCUUUCACGAACUUGCUGAAACGAAGCGAGACUGCCAAGGCUCCAAACUCCAACCAUUCACCAAACUCCACCCAAAGUAGUCAAAUGUUGUCAUUAAUCGAGGCGCUGUCGAUAGCGAAGAAAGAGCUUGACUCGCAAGGUGCAAGGGUUAAGCAACUGGAAGACAUACUUAAGGAAGAGCGCUCUGCACGAGAGGAUGCCGAGGAGCGAGCUCGAAAACUUGAGCAACAUGUGGCAUCUCGUCCAGCGACGCAGGUGGAGGAAGAGCAGCAACCUCCGGUUGAAGAGACCCAUAAUUCGACAUCGGAAAGUCAAGCCGAAGCGGCACAAGAAGACGAAGAAAUGUCAGCGAAAGAACGACAACUGAAAGAGAAUCUGGAUAGUGUGGUAGCAGACAUGCAGAAACUCAAGACAGAUGUGGAUCAAUUCCGAUGGCGUGCCGAGGCUGCCGAGGCUGAUGCCACUAAAGCCAGAGCCAGCCUUGCCGAGAUGAUUACGAAAAUCCGAGAGGAGAACGAAAAAUCAGAACCAGAAACCGCCGAGUCGGUUGAACGAGAGCCAUCUCGGGGGCUCGACAGAGCAGUCUGGGCAGUUGCUAAUGAAGAAGAGCAGCUUGGCAUGAAAACCCUGACCAAGUGGCCAUCACAUGCCAAUGGCCAAGUGCGUGGGCCGAAACUUCCCAAGCAUCUGGAGCAAGCUGUGGCGACUGUGCUCAAGGAUCGGGGUGCGAAUGGCGAUCCUCUUGUCCAGUCGGCACCGUAUGUGUCAAUGCUGGGAGUGGUUCUGAUAGGCGUUGGACUGAUGGCGUAUCUUAAUUCCUGGCAAAAGGCAGAGAAGUGA